AUGACUGGGAAGCAAUCACUGAACCCUGGGAAAUUCAGAAGAUUCUUGACUCAACACAGUUCUGACAAGGCAGUUGAGACUGGAGAGAAAUUGUUCCUAAAGAACACCAUUACAUCAAACAAUCUGAUUGGCACUGCUGCCUUGGCAGUUCAGGUCGUCGGUAGCAACUGGCCCAAGCCACGUUACACGUUGCUGGUUACAGGCCUCUGCCGCUUCCAGAUCCUGCAGUUGCUGAAAGAGAAACCGUAUCCUGUUGCUGAAGUUGAACAGUUAGAUCGACUUGAGCAGUUUACUAAUCAGCAUAAAUCUGAGGAAGAACUUGGAGAGUUGUCAGAACAAUUCUACAAGUAUGCAGUGCAGUUGGUUGAGAUGCUGGAUAUGUCUGUUCCUGCAGUCGCAAAGCUGAGACGCCUUUUGGACAAUCUGCCUAGAGAAGCUUUGCCAGAUAUACUGACUUCCAUCAUCCGUACAUCCAACCAAGAGAAACUUCAGAUUUUAGAUGCUGUUCGGCUGGAAGAACGGUUCAAGGUGACUAUACCAUUGCUUGUUAGACAGAUUGAAGGCCUGAAGCUGCUUCAGAAAACAAGAAAGCCCAAACAGGAUGAUGAUAAAAGGGUUGUAGCUAUUCGUCCUAAUAGAAGAAUCAGUCACAUUCCAAGCACUACAGAAGAUGAAGAGGAAGAAGAAGAUCAUGAUGAUGUUGUCAUGCUGGAAAAAAAGAUUAGAACAUCCAGUAUGUCAGAACAAGCUCUUAAAGUUUGCCUUAAGGAAAUAAAGAGAUUAAAGAAGAUGCCUCAGUCGAUGCCAGAAUAUGCAUUGACAAGAAAUUACUUGGAACUGAUGGUAGAAUUGCCAUGGAACAAGAGUACAAAAGAUCGCCUUGAAAUUCGUGCAGCUCGAAUUCUGUUGGAUAAUGAUCAUUAUGCUAUGGAGAAGUUGAAGAAGAGAGUUUUGGAGUACUUAGCUGUCCGACAGCUUAAAAACAACCUCAAGGGACCCAUUCUUUGUUUUGUGGGGCCCCCAGGAGUUGGUAAAACUAGUGUUGGAAGAUCAAUUGCAAAGACUUUGGGUCGAGAAUUCCACAGAAUUGCUUUAGGAGGAGUUUGUGAUCAGUCUGAUAUUCGAGGCCACAGGCGCACCUAUGUUGGCAGUAUGCCUGGCAGAAUUAUCAAUGGACUGAAGACUGUUGGGGUUAACAAUCCAGUAUUCCUGUUAGAUGAGGUUGAUAAACUGGGGAAGAGCUUGCAGGGGGAUCCUGCAGCAGCCUUGCUUGAGGUGUUGGAUCCAGAACAAAAUCACAGUUUCACUGAUCACUACUUAAAUGUAGCCUUUGAUCUGUCCCAAGUCCUUUUUAUAGCUACGGCCAACACUACAGCUACUAUCCCACCUGCUCUGCUGGACAGAAUGGAAAUUAUUCAAGUUCCAGGAUACACACAAGAAGAAAAAAUUGAAAUUGCACAUAGACACUUGAUUCCUAAACAGCUUGAACAACAUGGCCUGACUCCACAGCAAAUACAGAUUCCACAGAUAACCACUUUGGACAUAAUUACCAGGUACACUAGAGAGGCGGGAGUCCGCUCUCUGGAUCGGAAGCUGGGAGCUAUUUGCAGAGCAGUGGCAGUGAAAGUGGCAGAAGGACAGCACAAAGAAACAAAGCCAGAUCGUGCUGAAGUGGGUGAAGAAGAUUGCAAGGAGCAUGUCACAGAAGAUGCAAAAACAGAAUCCAUCAGUGACACAGCUGACCUGGCUCUGCCACCUGAAAUGCCAAUUUUAAUUGAUUUCCAUGCUUUAAAAGAUAUCCUGGGGCCACCCAUGUAUGAAAUGGAGGUGUCUGAACGGUUAAGUCAGCCUGGAGUAGCCAUAGGCUUGGCUUGGACUCCCUUAGGGGGAGAGAUCAUGUUUGUAGAAGCCAGUCGCAUGGAUGGAGAGGGUCAGCUUACUCUGACUGGCCAGCUUGGUGAUGUUAUGAAGGAGUCGGCGCAUCUUGCAAUUAGCUGGCUGCGCAGCAAUGCGAAGAGAUACCAGCUAACCAACGCUUCUGGAAGUUUUGAUCUCCUUGACAACACUGACAUCCAUCUGCACUUCCCAGCUGGAGCUGUCACAAAAGAUGGACCAUCUGCUGGUGUUACCAUAGUAACCUGUCUUGCUUCACUCUUCAGUGAGCGGCUGGUGUGUUCAGAUGUAGCCAUGACAGGAGAAAUUACACUAAGAGGCCUUGUUCUUCCAGUUGGGGGAAUUAAAGACAAAGUCCUGGCAGCACACCGAGCUGGACUGAAGAGAAUUAUCAUUCCUCGAAGAAAUGAGAAAGAUCUUGAGGAAAUUGCAGUGAAUGUACGGCAAGACUUGACUUUUGUUAUGGCAAGCUGUCUAGAUGAAGUUCUUAAUGCAGCUUUUGAUGGAGGAUUUGCAGUUAAGCCCAGAGUUGAGCGUGUGAAUAGUAAACUUUAAGUAGGCAGGCUGAGAUUACUUCUAGGAGAGAUCAGUAGGUAUCACCUGUGUAUGUAUCAUGUAUAACUAUCAGCUGAACUUGAUUGUUUAAAUGUGGGUCUAAAUGCAAUCAAAAUCAAAAUAAUCCUUCAGCAGUUAACAGCCCCAAACCACGUUUUAUGGGUAUUUGCGCCUUUUCAGCAAAGAAUCUUGAAAAAAUGCUCAUUUCCCAAUAGAUUCAAGCAUGAGAAAGCUGAAGCUGUUGAGAAAGAAUUCCUUAAACUUACUGGCAUGGAUGUAUAUAAAUUUUAGCAGCCGAUUACAUCUUUAAAGAGGACACACCCACAACGAGGGAAUAAUAUGCAAUUCUGUGAGCUAUAUUUGGAGAACAGAAAAUGCAGCACAGCAGAAGAGUCUUAACAGAGAUAGGGUUGUUACCAAAAAGCAAACUGAUUUAGUGCAAGAGUUUACUUACUUAGGAAAUACCAUUCAAUACCCUAAGGAGCAGUAGCAUCAGAGGAAAAAUAAGGUUUUUGCAACCUAAAAAAUAUGCCUACAGGAUUUGAACAGCAGCAAAUGGUCUAAAUUAAGUUAGUAAGUACUUUCUUUCAGCACUCAGCUCUAGUUUGUAGCAAGGUCAAUGCAGACAUCAUUUUUCAAACCUAAACACAGGAAGCAACUCCAGAAGAACCAAAAUGUGCCAGUUCUUGGGUAGGAAGGGAGAUCGUGCACUAAAUUUCACGUAUGCACGGUUGCACUUACAGCACAAGAAGCAGGUGGAACAUACUUGAAGCCUUUAUGAAAAAGCCAGGUAACAUUUUGGAGGGUCAACAUGCAUGUCCUUCCUUCUUACCUGAUAGAAAUCAACUUGAUUUGGGGAUGCCUACAUUUGGAGUUUAGCCUGUAAAAAUCAAAUCCAUUUAAACAAUGCCAAGAAAAUACUGGAUUAUUGAACUGCAUUAGGUACUGCAUACUGUGAGUAAUUUAAGCAAGUCUGUCGGUGUCCCAUCUCAGUUUCCUUGAGUUUUUAAUUGUUUUAUACUAGGGUCAGCCACAAGAGAAAACUCAGUAUGUUACAUUUGCUUUUUGCUCAUUAAUUCUGAAACAAACUCAGGUGUGAUUGUGACAUGCAAAUUGUAUCAAUGACAAAAGCCUAUUAUAGAAGCAGCCUAUAACUUAAAUGUAAUAGUUUGGUUUGCUGUACCAUAGAUAGGAAGCUGAUUUACCUGGAACAUAACAGCACUGAUAAUAAUAAACUUCGUAGGUAUUUCUGCUGUGGAUCUACAAAAGAUUUUACAACUUUCAUGGAAGAUUUCAUGUAAUAAAAUGAUAAAAAUAAAAAUUCCUUUUGUUUUGCUAUUUUAAAAUUCUACUCUUAGUCAUUCACCAUCCAAGGGCAAGAGGUAACACAGAGUCUCAGAAUACUUCCUGCCUUACAAAAUACUUGAACACAGAAAGUGCAAAGAAACUACACAAUCAGUAAAACACCAGAAAGGUACGAUAACUAAUGUGCUGCUUUGCCUUUAAUCAAAACCAGUAGGGGAAAAAAAAAAAAUCUUUACCAAACUUAAUGCAGAUCAAAUAACAAUCCUGCACUACUUUGCACUAGUGAGAAAACAAACAUGCAUGGAAUUCCAGUGCAGUCUGUUUAUACAUGGAUUAAAAAAAAAAUGCAUUUUUUUUAAAGAUAGUACUGUAAAAAAAAGUUUCCAGAGCAAUUUCACUACAGAACAGGGAGCUCUUCCCAAGAAAAGUUAAGCAACAACUCUGUGCACAACAUCACUCCAAUUUGUAAGCCUUGUCCACAUGGACUUUAGCUGAAAGCUGAGGGUUUUAAAGCCACACUGAAGGUAUUAACAGGCAUUUACUUACAGCUUUUCAUGUUCCUGCUUGCAGAGCUGACUUGGUUAUGUUACUUUGUUAAGAUUUUUUUAAAUAAAACUUAUGCAUUAUCCAUUAUGUUAGAUACUGUAGACACAAGUUUAGUGCGUUUUCUUUUGCUUGCACUGAACAUUGUCAAGAAGAAUAACAAUCUGUGCAGCAGCAAGCCAGAACAGUAAAGAACUUUUAAAAAGUAAUUUCAAUACACUAGGGAUUAUUCAGCUUUGCAGCUGACAGUUAAAUGGACCUGAUAUUAAACAUGUGUCCCUCAGAUUAUAUGACAAAAUAGCUAAAGCUUAGCAAAGGUAAAAAGAAAAGCAGUGGUAGCUCCUUUCCUCUAUCCCCACUGUAACUUGCUACAGAUAAUAAACUAUCCCACUAGUGCAAUUCAUGCUUUAAUCACAGUAGCUUCAAAAAGAUACUGGAUAAUACAAGAGCAUAGGCAGCAAUACAAACCAGUUGGCCUGCUUUAAUUGUAAAGCACUACUGCAAACAAGAACUAGCAAAAAGUGUCAAAACAGAACCCAAAUAUUAACAUCUAUGUUUGUCAAACAUUUUUAAGGCUUUUUUUUUUUUUAAAAAAGGGCAAUGAAAAACAAUGGAGGUAGUGCUAGGAAACAAAUGCAAGAUCUACUGCAUUUCAUUUCAUCUAUUAAAGACAAUGCCAGGCUUUAAUACACCAUUUAUUUUAGAUAAGGUAGUAAACUGUACACAUUUCUAGUAUGUUUUCUUUUUUCGUAUAGAACAGUGCAGUUGACUUACCAGAUCCUCAAACUCUUUAGAGGAGAUCUGGGCCUAACUAUAAUUUGUUUAAAUCAUUCCAUCUGAUGAUGGACAUCAAAUGUUUUAUACAGAUUAUUUUUUUUAAACACCAAACAGAGUAAUACCAGUUUACACUACAGUUAAAUCAGCAUAGUUAAUGCUAUAGCAUUUGUCAUCUGUAAAACAUGAAAAACAACUGCCUGGCCAUUCCAAUUAGCUUCUAAAGGUCAUUACAAAUGCAAUUUUUGAAGUCCCCUUCAAAAGUACAGUCCUGAUCUUCAGCCCAUUCCAGCCCAAAUAACAUCACUGCAGAUCAGUGCAACAAGGUUUUACGGUUCACAGUUCUUUGGGGGACACAAGCUGAACCAUUCCAAGUACGAGCAGCAGCAGAGAACAGUCUCAGACAACUUGUGUGCUUAGGCAGCCCUGUUACUCUCUAAUCAUAAGUAUCGGGCCGCGGAGGGUUCUGACAGGCUCUGAGCUAGAUUUUCUUGACAAAACUGCAGAGCUGAAAAUCAGAUAACCUUGGCAGGCAAACUUCAGUCCAAGCCAGCCAGUCACGAGUGAGCAAGUGAGAUGGCGAGUCAGUGUAUUCCUCUAAAAAUAUUUGAAGUAUUUAGCCAAGUUUCUGUCAAAGACCAGAAGACAAACCUGAGGUAAAUGUAGACAAGCUUAAUUAGGUGAGAAUAAUUACUGAAUUUAGAAGACUGCAAACAAUUAACUGUAUAUUAAUAAGGAAAAAAAAAAUGCUAGAUCACAAGAUUUUCUGAAGCAUUUAUCUACUGUCACAAGGUACCUGUACAUCUCUUAAAUAAAAUCUGUGCACAGUCUGAACAGCCUAAAUAUCACAUUUUAAGAAGUAAAACUUUUACUACAUGAAGCCAACUAUUUCUGUAGUACUUUAUUAAUCCAACCUGAUGGAUUUUAUGUUCCUUACCUGUAGAACUACUUACCUCAUCAUGCAUCACAAUAAGAACAAGAGUUGUCUUAAUAGAUCAACUUCUGAUAAGAAAGUUAAGACAGUGCACAGUAAAUGAACUGUAUUUUAAUGUGUUACAGAAGUAGUUAAUAGCCUGACUACCUCCCCAAACAGAUGGCCACUACUACUAGGUUUGACAGAUUUCUUUAAGAGCUUGAGAUGAAACAGCUUUUCACCUUACUCUUUUUUCUGUCUCUAUGUCAAUGUUCUCUCAGACAAAUACCAUAUAUAUUCAUGGCUAAAUUUUUCACAUAUGCAUAAAGCCCAAUUUUUCACAUAUGCACAAAGCCCAAUAUUCUUCAAAAGCCUUUAUGGCUGGUGAAUCACACCUGUAAGAGAUUAUUUGCAUUGUAAUGUGUAUCAUGUCACUAAAAUGAUAUACAAAAAUCAGCUCAAGACAGUUACUUUAGCAACAACCAAAACAUGAGAAGACAAGAAACUGAGCAAGAGUAUCAAUGUGUCAAACUUUGAGCUAAAGCAAAAAGCAAAAGUUGGGUUUUUUUUAAUUUGCCAGGUAUUCUUUUAAUGACAAAUAUAAAAAGACUGAAAACAUCUCAUUCUGACUGCCUUUUUUUUUUCUUUUUUUUAAACAAAUGGUGUUUUUAUAAUUACAAAUACUGUGUAAGACAAUACCUUCUUUGUACUGCAAAACCAACAAAUACAAGGAUGCAAUCAAGUUUCUAAGCAUCUCUAAAUUUGAAAUGUGAAUGAUUUUUUUAAUUCAGAAAAUUCUUAAUAAUUGUUCAUUUUUGUUAGAAGAUAACUCAAAGUACAACAACAUCUAGAUCUGUUUUUAAAGGAGCUCUCUUUCCUGAUACAUCUUUGAA